CCUCCAGCCGCCCAGUCGUCUCUGGGGUUUGAACUGCAGCCUUCCGGGGAAAUGGUGGAAGCGUGGUACAUGGACGAGUCCCCGGACGACCCAAGGAAACCCCACCGACCGGAGCCCAGUCGCCCGGUCGGCCUGGAGCAACUGCGUCGGCUCGGUCUAUUUUACUGGAAAUUGGAUGCAGACAAUUAUGAGAAUGACCCAGAAUUAGAAAAGAUCCGUAAAGAGAGAAACUACUCCUGGAUGGACAUAAUCACAGUAUGCAGAGAGCAACUACCCAACUAUGAAGAAAAGAUUAAAAUAUUUUAUGAGGAACAUUUACAUUUGGAUGAUGAAAUUCGAUAUAUCUUGGAUGGGAGUGGUUAUUUUGAUGUAAGAGAUAAAGAGGACAAGUGGAUCCGCAUUUUCAUGGAGAAAGGAGACAUGAUAACCCUUCCUGCGGGCAUUUAUCACCGUUUCACACUCGAUGAAAAGGUAAAUCCUACUUCUUUUACUUGCACACGUACAGGUUUCCAAACUUCCUGACACCAGCUCUAACACCAUCAGCUCUGCUCCUUGAAAUUGACCGAGUUCAUGAGUGUGGAUAUC